AUGGCUUCUUCCGCCGUGGUCAAGUUCGCCGCCGUCGUCUGCCUGCUGGCGCUGGUAAUGGCCUCCGCGGCGGAGGCGCGCCCGGCGGACCACGACGCGGCGAUGCUGCGGCUGGAGAUGGAGGUGGAGGAGCAGGCGCUGGCCGCGGCCGAGGAUCUCCUCGCCGCCGGCCUCCUCGACGACGGCGGCGCCGACGCCGUGGGAGCCUGCUCGUGCGGCAGCAAGUGCAAGGCGUGCAUGGUGAAAUGCGGGGUCAAGUGCGUCAAGGGAGGAAUCCCCCGCUUCCCGUCCUGCUUCGUCAAGUGCGUCUUCACCACCGACAAGUGCCUCACCCUCCCCUGA